AAGGCUCUCUCUCUCUACUCUCUCACUCCAAAACCCAAAAUCAAUGGGUAAGGUGCCAACUGCGGCAGCAGCAACGGAGAUGAAGAGAACGAAGAAGAAGGGCCGUCCUUUGAAGAAUCCCCCUCCCAUCUCACCCCCUUCCAAAACCCCUCUUUCCAAUUCCGCAAACCGGCGAUCCACCCGCCGGAACCCUAAUAAUCUCAAUUCUCCGGCGCGGUCGGAAUUCGACGACGACGAAGACGAGCGCAAGGAGAAGAAGGUCAAGCUCGUCGUCCGCCUGCCUCAAUCGGAUGAGAAGACGAAAGACGACGACAAGAAUCAGCUCCAGCAGAGCGGGCGGCAUUCCGAUUCGGCUUCCGAGUCCGGGUCGGACUACGAUUCGGACCCUGGGGAUGAGGAUCGGGAGGGGCCAACGAAGAAGCAAAAGAUAAUUGGCGGAUCUGACGAUGGGGGUUUGGAUCAGAAUAAAGAGGUCAUGAAAGGGACGGACACUCCUAUACAAGGGUCACCAUUGGAGUCUGGUCCCACAGCUUCUUUACCUGAAAAAAAGUUGUUGGUCUUCAUUCUUGACAGGCUUCAAAAGAAGGACACAUAUGGAGUAUUUUCCGAGCCUGUGGAUCCGGAGGAGCUGCCUGAUUAUUUUGACAUAAUAAAGCAUCCGAUGGAUUUUGGGACAGUGAGGAAGAAACUUGAGAGUGGAGCUUACAAAAACUUGGAUGAGUUGGAGGCGGAUGUAGAUUUGAUAUGUUCCAAUGCCAUGCAAUAUAAUGCUUCAGAUACAGUCUACUAUCGGCAGGCACGGACUAUACAAGAGCUUGCAAAGAGAGACUUUAAAAAUCUGAAGCAUGAAGGUGCUGAUGGCGUACCUCAGCCCAAGAUAGUCCGGAGAGGCAGGCCGCCGAGCAGCAAGAACCACAAGAAACCUCUGGAGACAUCCCCAUUAGAUCGUGUUGGUACUGACCUUACUGCAGGUGCAACUCUUGCUAAUGGAGAAGAUAAGGCAACUGGGUCUAAUUCUUACAAUCUAAGAAAGCCAUCACCGUUAUUUAGGUACCGGUCGUCUGACCCAUAUAUGUCAUCUUACUCUUCAAGAAAUGGUGAAAACCACUCUGAGUAUUCGACGGAUUGGAAUAACGAAUUUCCAGCAUCGAUUUUAAGGGCUGACAUGAAAUAUGGAAAAAAACAGUUUACAGUGGAUGAGAACAAGCGCGAUACCUACAGGCAGUUUGAUCCAUUGUCUUUAGGCGACAAUUCCCCCCUUUUGUUUCAUUCAAAUGGAAGCAUGAAGCGACUUGUGCCGGUGGGUCUUCAGGAAGCCCUUGCUUAUGCUCGAAGCCUGGCAAGGUAUGCUGCAAAUCUUGGCCCUGCAGCUUGGAAGCUGGCAUCGAAGAAGAUAGAGGCGGUCUUACCUGCAGGGGUACAAUAUGGUCCUGGCUGGGUGGGUGAAAAUGGAGCACCUCCCCAGCCAUUGCUUAUUACCUCAACCGAGAAGCAGAAAUUGCCCGUUGGUGAUUUUAGUGCGAGCAAACUCGUUACAUCCCCAACUUCCGGCUUAAACUCUUCUGCCGGGGCUGGGCCCUGUGAAGCUAUGGUUGAAGCUGUUAACAAACUCAACAACCAGAAUGAGGUAGCUGGACAAGGUGACCCGUCUUCUUGGAGAACACAGUUCCCAUCCCAGCAAAAUCAUAUCCAUAGAAAUGGUUUUAGCGGAAUGUUUGGGUCCGGUUCAACUGCAAGAGCAAAGCCACAGCAUUCAGUCACCGAAGGUGUCUCCACUCCAUUUCCGAAGGUGGAAAUGGUAUCCCCAAAUGAGCGUUCAUCGAGCCAUUCUUCACCUAUCGAGCAAACUAAGUUACCCCCUGGAUUUCAAGCAGGUCAAGUUAAAUCCUCUAACGCCCUUGGAGAAGGUGAAAUACGGAGCUCUGUCAAAUCUUCGUGGCCAGUGCAGCAGCAAAGGUACAACCUUGCAGUUCCACCGGAUCUGAAUGUACGAGUCCCGGCUGGCUCACCUGGAUCGAGCCUGCAAAUUGGUUCACCGCGACAGCCGGAUCUGGCAUUACAGCUCUGAAUACUGAUUCUUCCGAAAGAUAAACACAGGCUUGCUCUCAAGGGCUGGAGUUCGUCGGAAAGCUUGUAUAGAUGAACGGUGUAUCUAAUUCUUUAGGCAGAAACUAAAGACUGUUUUAACAUUUAUGACUUGGAGGAUGACGGGACUGGAGGAGACGAUAGGCGGGAGAUUUCGGCCGUAAGCAAGGUUUUAGGUUGUUUGAGUAGAGAUUGGAUUACAGAUAUAGGUUUCUGCAUUUGGAUAUGAAUCAAUAGUCAGUGUAACAAUAUUUACAGAGUUUGCUUGUGAGCUCAUUCAUUUAGUCCAAAUACUGUAUGAAAUAUCUGGGAUUACUCUGCUGUUAUGUAUGAUCAUAACAUCAUAUUUCUCUGA